AUGCUCUUGAACCGUUUCGUUGCAGGCGACUACCGUAUAGAUGUCGCCUUCGAUGACGUGCCUUUCCCUCGCAGUCCGUUUACAUGUAAGGUGUAUGAUGCGAAAAAGAUCAAGGUGACCGGCAUCACUGCGGGUGUCGUCAACUCACCGGUGCACUUUGUCGUGGAUGCCGGAGAGGCGGGCGUUGGAAACCUCGAAGUAGCUGUUAACGACGGCCGCAUACCGUCGAUGGCACAGAGCUUGGGCCAGCACCGGUACGACAUCUCUUUCGUGCCUCAGGACACGAACGUUCACACGAUCACAAUUCGUUUCAACGGCGAGUCGGUUCCAGGUAGGCAGCCCGUUCUCGUGCGAGAUCCGCUCGCCGAACAUGGUGUCCAUCGCUGGACCCGGCUUGGAGAGGGCUGCUGUGCGCAAAUGUGCAUUUUUUUCCGUGAACAUGGCGAACGCCGUCACUGCCCCUCUGGAAAUCGCCAUCAAAGAUCCGGCCAACAACGAAGUGCCUCAUACAGUCAGCUUGGAGUACACACCGCAGGUCGUCGGCGUGCACACGAUCGCCGUCAAGUACGGUGACGCAGUGAUCGCCGACAGCCCGUUCAGCGUCAAAGUGUACGACGCGAGUCAGGUGAAGUUGUUUCCCGUCGACGGCGGUGUCGUUAACAAAUCGGCGUCAUUUCUAAGUAAGGUUGUUUUCAGAACGUUAAGUGUUAGCAGUAGUGUUAAUUUUAAAUUUAAUGUCACACGCUGUAGUCAUGCCAAAUACGGUUAUAGAACUACUGUUAGUAAUCGCAACAAUAUUAUUUUGCUUAAAUGUUGCACCUUGUGCUGUUACUGUUUUUUGUGA